AUGACCAUUUCAGCGACCCAGUGGGGUUCUCCCACCGCUACUAGACGGGCUUUGCUCAUUCAUGGCAUUACUAUGUCAUCGAAUUCUUGGGAGGGUCUUGCUCAGCUAUUGGUGGCAGAAGGAUUCUUUGUUGUAGCACCGAAUCUCCUUGCGCAUGCAUGGAGGCAGGGCAAUACCGACUACCGUAUAUCCGCCUUUGCAGAGGACCUCCGACCAUAUUUCGUCAUGGACACGUUUUACGACGUAAUUAUUGGACAUUCUUUUGGUGGUGCAGUGGCAGUAUCUCUCUUGCCAUUCUUACCCAAAAAGAAAGAAACCACCAUCAUACUCCUCGAUCCUGGCCUCGAGUUUACAGAGGAGCAGAACAAGAUGAACUUAAAUAUAUUUCUCAAGGAAACCGAGAAUAUUAAGCCCGUCAGCGUGCACAUGGCUAAAAAUCCUGCUUGGUCACACCGUGACUGCACGUUAAGAACGCUGGGAUUCUCCAUGUGCGAUCGCACGGCUGUCGAGGUUUUCCGGCAAAACAGCCCAUGGUCUUUUAGUGGCCUGCUCAAAAAAAUCCCCGCUCACCUGAAGAUCACCGUGCUUGUGUCAGACCCGAAGUUCGGCGUUGGUAUUUGUAAUUUGGAACACAUCCCUCGUGACGUGGAGAGAUUGAAUGUUAGAGCUCUUACCGGUAUCGGUCACUGGAUUCAAUACGAGUGUCCGGAUACUAUCAUGGAUGCAAUUCCGCUGCCAAGGGCAAACCUAUGA